AAAUGUGGAUCUGAGAGAAUACUUGUCUGAAGAAGUACAGGCAGUACACAAGAAUACCACUUAUGACCUCAUUGCCAACAUUGUUCACGAUGGCAAGCCCUCGGAGGGCUCCUACCGGAUCCAUGUACUUCAUCAUGGGACAGGCAAAUGGUAUGAAUUACAGGACCUCCAGGUGACUGACAUCCUUCCCCAGAUGAUCACGCUAUCAGAGGCUUACAUUCAGAUUUGGAAGAGGCGAGAUAAUGAUGAAACUAACCAGCAAGGAGCUUGAGGAGUGUCUAGGACUUUGCUCUAGGGCUUUUGACCAUAGAUGAUAAAUAAUAACUGAAGCUGUAACUGAACAUUCAUUGGGCAACCCACUUUUUAUGAAUCCUGGUUCACACCAGAGCAGCAGAGGGGCCACCCCCCUGGAGGGUUCUGCACUGUCACCCAGCCAUUCUCUUACCAGUUUACUGUAGACUGACCCUCCUUUCCCAUCCUGUCUAGCGCCCUGCUAGCUCCCUUCCAGCUUUAGCAGACCAGAACUCUUUUACAGAGGUAUGUAAUUUAUUUCUGAGUAGCUGGGCGUACCUAAAAGACAAGAUAAUUUCUUUUAAGCAUCAAAGUCUCAGGAUUCUAGGAAUAAGAGCAUGAAGCCAGUAAUGUCCUCCUUCCAUCACAGAUAAUUCCUGCAGUCUCCUCAUUUCCCUGUGUGUUUUUUGGAAUGGAUUAAAUUUUUUCCUGUUUUUAAACCAGCCUCUUGUUUUAUAUCUUUCCAUGAGACAGGGAAGAUUUUUUAUAAAUCUGACAAACUGUCAACUUACAGACUGUCAUACAAUCUUGUUGCUAACUGUCAGCUUGUGAGUGGUGUGUCAGUUAGGAUGCAUAUGUCUCUUCAGUAACAAAAUAAUCUGAUUAAAAGUGAUAAAUUAUUUUGUGCUUAACUAGAAGUCUGGAGGUGGGCGAUUUCAGUCUGCAGGGCAGGGCUGUGUGAGGGAAGAAGGAAGAUAGGAGUAUCUGCCUGUGCCAGGCCAGCAUGGGCCCCCGAGCAAAGAUCGCUUGUGAAAAGAAUCAAGUAGAA